AGAGAGUAUAAGAUUCAACGAUGAUUAUGCGUGCAAACGACCACGUCAUCUGUUCCCUUCCGUAACAACUCUGUUACGAGUCAAGCUUCUAAAACGAAGCAAAGAGAGAUGGUGUCAUCUCUAUCGGUCCAACCGGACCGGACGAUCAUCGGCAAUCGUAUGUCCGGUUCAUUCCGGCGCAGGUCACUCUUCCGUAGCCCUAACUCGUUUCACGCAACCGAUAGGAUAAAAAAACUCGGCGUCGUAUUCAUCUCCCGCCGACGAACCUUAGACACGACCGUCCAAGCCAGCUCGAGAGCAGAAGACUCGGUUCCUUUCGAGAUGUCCGUAGAGAACGCACUGAAGCUGCUCGGAGUUCAGGACGGUGCCUCCUUCGAAGAUAUUCUCCGUGCCAAGAAAUCGAUUGUUGCUGCGAGUAAAGGUGACCCAGAAACCAUUAUAAAGGUGGAAGCUGCAUAUGAUAUGCUGCUGAUGCAGAGCUUGUCGCAGAGGAGAGCUGGAAAAGUUGUUGACAAAUCUAUUCGUUAUGCAGAUGUUAAAAAAUCUGUCAAUGCCUCAAGAAUGAACUCAAUUCCUAAGUGGUUGCAGAAUGCUGUCAGGAAUUCGACCGUUUCAUUUGAAACACCAUCUACCAGAGAGCUGGCUGUCCAAGCUGGGGUUUAUGGAGCCCUAUCAGUUCUAACAUAUGCAAAUGGAGCCCCAACUUCAUCUGAUGCAGCUUUUCCAGGAGGAGCAGAUAUCCCUGGCUUGAUUUUAGCCACCAGUUUUGGAGCAACCUUGUAUUUCAUCACCAAGAAAAAUGUUACCUUGGGCAAAGCAAGUCUGGUGACAAUUGGUGGGCUGGUGGCAGGGGCAGUGAUGGGUUCUGCAGUUGAGAGUUGGUUGCAAGUAGAUAUUGUCCCAUUUCUUGGCAUACACAACCCUGCUACUCUAGUGGCUGAAUUCAUUAUUCUUUCUCAAUUUUUGGUUUCUUUGUAUAUAAAAUAAUAAGCAGACGGGAAACACGCCAUUCCCUGCUCAUUUGCAGUAAGUGUGAUUUUGCACUUAUUCAUAGAGGAGUAUUUGCUUAAAAUGUAUGGCUCUGUUUGGUUGUAUUAAUGCAAAGUGGAAAUGGCAAUAA